UGUGCACACGCCUCCCACUUAAUAUACGAGUGUAUACAUGUGUAUAAAUGUUGUAUUCUACCAAGCACAAGGCUGCGCUUAAGUCAUACAUUAGCCUGCAAACUGGCUCACCAAGGAUAUGGAUAAACACGCUGGCCCUUAGCCCAGUUUUGUCUACAUUCCACAAUGAUGUCCCAUUCAAGGUGUGAAGAGUCAGCAAUGAAUUCUUCUUCAAUGUGGCUCCCCAGAUUGCCCGGCCUGGCUCAAGAAAACGGUAACCUCACCGAAGAUGAAAAAUGCCGUAGCGUGUCAGUGGCUUUCCCGGUGACCAUGAUGGUCACUGGAAUGGUUGGAAACGCUCUUGCUUUACUCCUUGUGUACAAGUCCUACCACAGAAAGGACAACAAAAGAAAACGCUCAUUUCUGAUUUUUAUUGGUUCCUUAGCACUGACUGAUAUGACUGGGCAGCUUUUAACCAGUCCCAUAGUAAUCUCUGUAUAUCUGUCUAAAAGACAAUGGCGUCUUGUCGACCCUUCUGGACAUCUGUGUGCCUUCUUUGGUUUAUGUAUGACAAUAUUUGGGCUCUGUCCCUUGUUUUUAGCUAACGCCAUGGCGGUUGAAAGAACCCUUGCUAUUCGUGCUCCUCACUGGUACUCGAACCAUAUGACAGCUCGAUUAACUAAGGCAGUUGUACUUUUCAUCUGGGGCUGUGUCAUAUUAUUUGCCAUGCUGCCUAUAGCAGGGGCUGGCAAAUACACCUUGCAGUGGCCCGGGACCUGGUGCUUCAUCAGCACAGGGGAUGCACCUAUCAGUGGGAACACCAUAUUUGCCCUCACGUUCGCAGGACUGGGGACUUGCUCCUUGAUCGUAACUUUUGGGUGUAACUUAGCUACCAUCAAGGGUCUAGUGACUCGGUGCAAGACUCGAACAUCUGCUUCUCAAACAAGCAGACAAUGGGAACGCAUCACUGUUGAGACUAUGAUCCAGCUGAUGGGCAUCAUGUGCGUUCUGUUUGCUUGUUGGUCACCUUUGCUGAUCAUGAUGCUGAAAAUGAUAUUCAGUCACACUUCGGCUGAAAAGUGCAAAACACAAGAUACUGCACUAGAAAAGGAAUGCAAGCUCUUUUUGACUGCCAUCCGUUUAGCCUCUCUGAAUCAAAUAUUGGAUCCAUGGGUUUACUUGUUGCUAAGAGAAAUACUGCUUCAGAAAUUCUGUCAGGUAGCAAAUGCUGUCUCUAACUGUUCCAAUGAAGGACAGAAAACUGCUCAUGAGAAAGAAGAAAUCCAAAGUAAACUUCAGACGUCAGCAGCAUGAGGCCUAUUGUUUAACGGCUAUUUUUGCACGUUUAUAGCCAUUGAUCAUACAGUGCUUUAAAAUGACUAAACUUACAUGCAUCUUUAGCAUGCCUGCAUUUGCUAGCAACUUGUUCUCAUCAAGAAAAUAGGGUCAGAUCUUGGAACAUUGUUUAAUGCUAGUAGACAAUGUUAUGAUUCAAAUAACACCAACUGUUCUUAAUUUGCUUAAGUUUUAAUCAAAAAGUGAUGUUUAGCAGCUUAAUGUUGUAUGGUACUAAACUGUUUUUUCUUUUGCUCCCCUGAUGUUAAUGCUUUAUGUGUACUGCUCUGCAACCAAAGCUUUGUGUUAGCAGUAACAUGCUCGUUGUUUAUAGUCAGUUUUACAAACCACAGUCAGCACAAAAUCAUUCCUAUUAGCAGGUGACAAUUGAAAAGAGAAUAUUAGCAAUUCAAGGGCUGGAACUUCCACCCUCUACAUUUUGGCAGAUUCAGGUCUCAGGUUAUGUUAAAUUAUUAUGUACUGUUGUAAGGAAUGUGACAGAUGGACAAAAUUCACUUCAAGGUUGUGCAUCUUAAUGAAUUUAGCUUGCGGAUUACCAGAUCCAUGCACAACCCUUUUUCCCAUUUUUACACACGGGGUCAGGUAUCACAUCAGCAAUGAGAAUAAUCCUGAGCCAUUUAUUCAUGCCACCAGGUGGCUAACCUGUAAACAUUAGGAAAGAAAACUAUAUUGUUGACGUGUUGUAUUUAUUUAUUUUGUAACUGGUACCUGAUGGAAUGGUAUAUAUCAUUGCUGCAACUGACAUACAUGCUGUGCAGCAUGAGCCAAAAUUUCCCAUUGUACUUAAUUUUGCUGUUGAGACCUUUCUAGGAACAAUGUUGUGAUUUAAAAAAAUCACACAUGAGAGCUUCUUGAGGCAUGGAGAUAAGCAAUAUGCAGUAAUGAGUAAACACAUCAGGUAGAUGACAACCAGAAAUCAGGAUAAUAAAAUUUAGAAAAGCAUACAUCUUACAUACUUAAAAUAUGUUGCGUGGACAAGAAAAGCAGAUCACAUGUUGAUGUUGUAAGCAGUAACAUUGUAUCUGUGGCACUGUAAUUGGUAAACAUUAUUUUGUAUUUGCUUCUGCUUUUAAAUGUCAUUAUAUUUCAACCAUCCUGAUAUGAUAUUGUUUCCAUUUAGUGCUUUUUCUUACUAUAAUAUAUUUGUCUGAUUUUCCAUUUCCUUCAGUUUUCAGACCCACUUAUUUACAGUUACAUGAAGCUCUUGAGACAACUGUCAGAGAACAUUUUAAAAAUGGCAACAUUUGAAUUGCACUUGACUAGGCUCUUAGGGGUUCUGUGAUCCAUACCUUCCAUCAGUAACAAGAAUUAUUAUUUUCUUUGGUGUAGGUAAAACAUUUUACUACUAGUUGUACUGUUCACACAACAUAACUAUCAUUAUGUAAAUAUUUGUGUUGACAAACUUUAGUUUUUGCAACAUUAUCAUGUCUAUACUGUUAUAACUGUAUGCUAUUCCUCUGCAGUGGUGCUACAUUUAGCAUAAUUUUUUACCCCAGGUCAUAACUGAAAAUUAAUUAUUUAACUAGACACCUGAAUGGUUAGCAGAUGUAUAAAUACAAUAAAUAAAUCUCUCUUUAUCUCAGUUACCAGCCUUAGGUGGAAAGUUUCUCAUAUGAACGCAGGAAAAGUAACAAAUGUUACAAAAAACAAUCAUAAGACUUUUGGCAAUUAGUUUGCAUUAAACAUAUCACAAUUUUAUUUAAAAAAAAUACUAAUAGUUUUCUC